AGUCACCAUGAGGGCGCUGGUCCUGCUCUGCUGCUUCGUGGCCUCACUCCUGCUCCCAGGACAAGCAGAACUGCAAGUUUCCGCUUCGGGUGGCACGGAAGAUGUUGGCAAUUUGCUGGAGAAUCAUUUCUCUGCCGGAGACGCAAGUCUAGAGGAGAAAGAAAGGGCGCUUCGGGCAGAGGCGGCCCCUGGAGAGACGCGCCCGCUCCUUCACCCCCCAGAAGGCGGGGAGGAUGGGAGCUCGGAGAAGACAGCCGCCGACGGCCUGGGCUCCGAUCCCGAUCCCGAAGCCAGCCUCUCCAACGCCUUGGCCUCCGAGUCUGCUGCCCCCGGGGAACCUGCGGGGCCCGGGGCGGAAGAUGCGGGCCCGCCGGGAGCAGCGAGCGCCCUUCCUCCAGGAAGGGAGGAGGAGCCCGGGGAGGAGGAAGGGGCGCGGGAGCUCAGCUCCGGAGAGGGUCCAGGACAGGAGGCGGAGGGACCGGCUGGGAGCGGCGAGGUCCCCGAGGAAGCUGCGGAGGCGCUAGGGGAAGCAGCGGCGGGGUCCCCAGAGCCUGAGGACUCAGGGGACUCUCCCAGCCAGGAGGUCGAGACAGGAGGGGAGGGCAGCCCAGGGCCCGGUCUGGAGCCAGAAGUGACUGAUGGAACCGCGGAUGUGGACGCAGAAGCCGCGCAGAGGACGGAGGACCAGGCGGAACCCAGCUCCAUCGCGGCCGCGGCCGCGGAAGACGCUGCCGCGCGCGAAGAGGAGGAGGGCUCCCGAGAGCACCCGGACGAGGCCUCCUCUGAAGAAGAGGGGGAUGAAGAAUCCGAAGAGGAGAGCGGCGACGAAGAGGACAGCGGCGACGGGGCUAGUUCGGAAGAAGCCGGGGGCGCCUCGGAGGAGGAGGAAGCCGAGAAAGAAGCUGGGGAAGGAGACCACGCGGCAGCGGGAAGCGCGAGCCCCGGGGAGGAGGGGUCCCCGGAAGAAUCGCCCGAGGGUGCCGACGCGCAGGAGCCCAAGGAGGAGGGGCCACAGGAAGAGGCGGAGGAUGUGAGUGAGGAAGCCCCGCUGAGGGAUCGCUCCCACAUCGAGAAAACUCUGAUGCUAAAUGAGGACAAGCCAGCUGAUGACUUCUCUGUGGUGCUGCAGCGGCUUCGAAAGAUCUACCACUCGUCCAUCAAGCCCCUGGAGCAGUCUUACAAAUACAACGAGCUUCGGCAGCACGAGAUCACAGAUGGGGAGAUCACAUCCAAGCCAAUGGUCUUGUUCCUGGGACCAUGGAGCGUUGGCAAAUCCACCAUGAUCAACUACCUCCUUGGCUUGGAAAAUACUCGCUACCAGCUCUACACAGGUGCCGAGCCCACCACCUCAGAGUUCACGGUCCUCAUGCACGGGCCCAAGCUGAAGACCAUCGAGGGUAUUGUCAUGGCUGCUGACAGCGCCCGGUCCUUCUCGCCCCUCGAGAAGUUUGGCCAGAAUUUCCUGGAGAAGCUGAUCGGCAUUGAGGUUCCCCACAAACUUCUGGAGCGGGUCACAUUUGUGGAUACACCAGGCAUCAUUGAGAACCGCAAGCAGCAAGAAAGAGGCUACCCCUUCAACGACGUGUGCCAGUGGUUCAUUGACAGAGCAGACCUCAUCUUCGUCGUCUUCGACCCCACCAAGCUGGACGUGGGUCUGGAGCUGGAGAUGCUCUUCCGCCAGCUGAAGGGGCGUGAGUCCCAGAUAAGGAUCAUCCUGAACAAGGCCGACAACCUGGCCACGCAGAUGCUCAUGAGGGUCUACGGGGCCCUCUUCUGGAGCCUGGCCCCACUCAUCAACGUCACAGAGCCUCCGCGGGUGUACGUCAGCUCCUUCUGGCCCUACGACUAUAAGCCCGACACCCACCGGGACCUGUUUCUCAAGGAAGAGAUCUCCCUCCUGGAGGACCUGAACCAGGUGAUCGAGAACAGGCUGGAGAACAAGAUCGCCUUCAUCCGCCAGCAUGCCAUCCGGGUCCGCAUUCACGCCCUCCUGGUGGACCGCUACCUGCAGACGUACAAGGAGAAGAUGACCUUCUUUAGUGACGGGGAGCUGGUCUUUAAGGACAUCGUGGAAGACCCUGAUAAAUUCUACAUCUUCAAGACCAUCCUGGCCAAGACCAACGUCAGCAAGUUUGACCUUCCCCACCGCGAGGCCUACAAGGACUUCUUUGGGAUCAACCCCAUCUCCAGUUUCAAGCUCCUGUCCCAGCAGUGCUCCUACAUGGGAGGCUGUUUUCUGGAUAAGAUCGAGCGGGCCAUCACCCAGGAGCUCCCCAGCCUCCUGGGCAGCCUCGGGCUGGGGAAGAACCCAGGUGCUCUCAACUGUGACAAGACAGGGUGUGGUGAGACCCCAAAGAACCGUUAUAAGAAACCCUAGGUGGCCGCGUUGCCAUUCUCGGGCUCCCGUCGUCGUCGGUGAAUGAGCUUGUGUCCUGACUGUCCGAGAAGUCCCGGUUUAUUAACCCUUUGAGCCACACUGGCAGGAACCGUUGUGCAUUGGAGACGGGAGUUAAUUGAGGCCAGUGGUGGGGGAAGGGGUGGGUCGAGGGGGGGAGUGGAAACUGUGAAUUAGGGCCUGCUUGUCUUAUUGCUUCAAGUAGGGGCCUGACUGAGACAUGUCAGGCCACACCUGCUUUUCCUGGGUCCCCUCUCUGCAGUGGGGUGGAGGGGGGGCAGAGAGCAGCUAAACUCUAGUGUAAACUGAAUUAAUAAGUGUCACACAGGCUAAAAGCAGCUGAAGUUCCUUUUUCCCGGAUCAGCUGAGAGGCUAGAGGAGACUUGAGUUCUGCAGGGCUGUCUGCUCCGUGCACGUGGCUGCCUUCCACACAGUCUUCUGUCUGUCCCCAGCCCUUGUCUGCCUCCUGAGCUUGGGUUGGCUUCACAGGAGACAAUCGUCUGAAUCAACCUGGGUGUUGAGCCUACCCCCGGGCCCUCUCCCUUGUUUCUGCAAGGGGCAGGGAACGGUUUGGGAUACCAGGACACUGAGAGAGAACAAGCGCUCCCCAGGCCAGUUCUCUGGCACCUUCUAAGCCAGCCGGAAGCUUGGUCCCUUUCUCGGCCCCAGGAGGAGGGUGACUGUUCCAUGUGUUCUGGUCAUUUCUGGAAGUGACUUAAGUGAGAGUCCCGGCAGGGCUCAGAGGGUUAAUUGGUUUGCAGUGUGUCUUUGUCUAUUGCAUGUCUUGGAAAACUCAGACCCCAAAGGCUUUGGGUUUCAGAGGGGACAGUGGAGAGCUUGCUCCUGCUGUUGCCACAGCUUCUCCGUGGAGACACUUGGCACAGGAGUCGUUCCUUCCUGGUUCUCAUCACACAGCUUUUCCUUUCGCUUCUCCAUUCCCUGAUGCGACAACACUCGAAACUCGGCGUAAUUCCUGGGGAGUCAGAAGCAGCACCAGCCACUCGGUGCCGCUGGCAACCCAGGCCUGACAGUUUCCCACUUGAACUUGAUGCUGAUGCCCACCGAGCGCAUAGCAGGGGCGCCUGGCCUUCCAGUACCAAUGAGUGUGAAUGUGUGUGUGUUAUGUUGUCCAAGAGAGAUUAGGGAGAUGACAGAUGCCCGAGGGCACAGAGGGGGAGCGAGCGGUGAGAGUCCUGCCUGCCUGGCGCGCCCCCUCAGAGGGCAGGAGUGGACGGAGGGACGGGGCAUGGAGGGGACGUGCCCCCUCAGAGGACAGGAGAGGACGGAGGGACAGGGCAUGGAGGGGACAAGCCUUUUGAUGGAGGAUGGGUGGGUGACGAGUCUAAGUCUAGGGGACCCGGCCUGGCUGCCCCUUCCCCCCCAACCCGGAGCCUCCUUCUGCCUGUCCUGGGAGUGAGCUGUCUUGGGGGACUUCUCCAAGAGGCCCGCCAGCACCAGAGAGUCCCCCAGACCCAAGGGAAAGCCAAGACAAAGGCAGAGGGAGAAGUGGCCUGAGAGUCAGGCAGAGGAGGCAAACGGGCACACUGGUGGCCACGUUAGGCUCACACAGAUCUGCAGUCUGGAAUUCCUUGAGUUUCUUGGAAGUAUCAGCAGUCUGACACGUGCUGCCUCAGAGGCUGCUUCUUCUGGCUCCUUUGAAGGAUCUAGAACCUCCCACAAGAAGACCAGAGGCCCCACCACCUCCAGGACAUGUUUCUAAGGACAGAGUCAACCAGAGAGAACAAGUCUGCAGGGGCAUCCGAGGAACCUGGUGACCAGCACCCGGGGAGCUGCUUCCUUCUCAUUCAAAACCAGCCCUGGCCUCAUCUCUCUAUCCUUUACGCUCUCAAGGGGCUACUCUCCCAGCUUGCUCCUUAAUGCCCCUUCGCCCCCUCAGCUACUUUGGGCAUUUCUGUUUUCCCAGCGCAGAAGGGGAAGAAAAAGUGCAGAACUGAGCAUCGUCGUAGCUGCCGAGGUCAGCACUGCUUUGGGAGCAGCAGCUGGAAUGAGAUGAACACAUUCAUACGGUAUUUAUAUUUCUGGGGGUGCGUGUGACAUCAUCAGUGAUCUUCCCCCCUUUUCUCCGUUCGGCUUCCUUUUCUUACUCUUUCUGUUCCUCUGUUCACCCUUGACUUCCCUUGUGUCUAACUUUCCGCAGGCUUGUCUACCAGCCGGGGCUUUGAGCGCUAUUUGGUGCCCUGCUCUGUGGAAGUGGAUUUCGAGCAGAAUUCUGACUCUUUGGGUGGGGGUGGGGCAUCGUGGGGAACUGGGUGGGGAGUCAGGAAUCCCCUAGGAGGAGUAUCUGUGAACGUUUGUGCCUGAACAGUUGCUGUUUCUCUCCAAAGCGGAAUCUUUCCAAUGCUCUUUCUGUUCUGAGUUCAUCAGGGAGAAACUCUCAAUAAAGUUCCCAUCUCUCUUUAA